AUGGGACCCUACAUCAGACCAAUGGCGGCGGCAGCGACCCUGUCGGGCCUGGCGUUGCGAGUGCCGCGCUGUGCAGCAGCCCGAGACUCCUACCGCGCGUUCUGCAAGGGGCUUACGCGCACGCUGCUCACCUUCUUUGACCUGGCCUGGCGGCUGCGCAUGAACUUCCCCUAUUUCUACGUCGUGGCCUCUGUGAUUCUCAACGUCCGCCUGCAGGUACAUAUUUAGAUUAACUAACUUUGUGGCAGUCGCGAGCCCCCCUCAGGAUGACUGACUUCCAC